UCUGCCCUCCAGAUUGGCAACGACAAGUCUCCCCCUCUCCAAGAAGCUCAGGGCCAACUUACAGCAUCCCCGAUUAAACAGGACGAACCAGAAGACAUGGCUGUUGACGAGCACGGGGUGAAGAAGAAGAAAGAGAGGAGUAACGAGUCUUUCAUCGUUGUCCGACCACCCCCAUCGAAAAUCAAUCAUCCUCUGAACUUGCAAGUCCAACUCGUACCACCAAGUAACCGCGAUCGCGAUGUCAAUCGCUCUUCUGGUGGGCGGCGAUCACUAGACUCAACCGUCGGCCCAGACGUCGACGAUGGUGCCUCGGACGUCCAACUCACUCGAACAAGCUCUAACCGGUCCGACGUUUCGAUGUACUCUUCCUACUCUUCGACUUCCAUCUCAUCAAUGGCGUCUUCAUCCACGACAUCCUCUGGCCGGCGUAUGAUCAUACCCCUAUACAACCUCCAAGCCCACAGCGUUCUCACCAAUGUUAUUGUCGACGCCGGGACUGACGCGAAAGUAGCGAAGUUCCAGAAGCGAGGGCUGGAAGUGAUAGGUCUCGCUGUCCUCGAGCCCAUCGAGGUGUGGGGAGACGGCGGCCAUCCUACACCCCUUCCCGGACACUCACCCAAUAUGGCGGCUGGUUCUCUUCCUGACGAAUAUGCCGCGCGUAGGAGUAUCGAUGUCGGCCCUGGCGCUCACACGCCCACUUCCUCGGCGCUCUCACUCACCUCGGAUGAGUACCCACAUACCCCCGCUCCUGCGACCCCCGCACUCGCAACACCUACCCCUCCAACGCCAUCAACUCCCAGAAAUACACCUGGUGCUAAGAAGUUUUUCAGCAAGAUGUUCAAGCGCCGCCCCGAUUCCCCCGUCUCCCCUACCUUCCCACUAUCCCCUCAUCCACCUAUCAACGCCCAGCCACCUUCUCCAGCACAGGCGACGACUUCUCUCCCGUCCGCUAGCGAGGGAGCUCGUGUAUCCAGACGUACCUCGUUACAUCUUGGUGGCGGCUUGAGUGUUCCGGGGCACUCACCAGCCCCAUCACACUCGGACGCACCGGUCUCAGCGGGUCUGCGCGAAAACGUCUUCCUUCAGCCACCGAUCCUCGGUGUCCAACCCUCCCUAAGCGCGCUUACGUUCCCUCCCCGUGGACGUCCGACCAAGUACGUGUGGGUCGUGCGGAAAUGGCUGAAGGGCUCUCCCGGAGACCUGCUCGGCGGGAUGCGGGAUAAGUUCCAAGGCCGGGGGAGCGUGCCCAACUUCAGCCAAGUUGAGAGCCUGGUCGAGGUCAGGUUCGAGUGGUCGCGCGGCAAGAGCGGCAAGAAGCGCCGAGGACGGAGGGAAGGCACCGUAGAUGAGCACUCGCGCUCCAAGCGCCUCAGCCUGGUCACCUCCUCGGCAGGGCAAUCGACGACGUCGCUCGAGCAGCACAACAACAGUGGCCACCCACCACACGUUCUCUCUGACGCCCCCGUGACAUCGAGGCAGAAACGCAGGUCAUUCAUUGACGGCCGCCGCUCCGUCGACUCCCACCGGUCAGGCUCGCCUGGCGCCGCCAGCGCGACCGCGACGACGGACGAGGGCCACGCCCGCGGGAGUCCGCCCACAACGGCCGAGGCAGAGGCCGACGACGAGACCGACCCCGAGGACUCAGAGACGCCCUGGACGUGCACGCUCAUCGUGCGUCGGCUGAACGCCUCGCGAUUGCCCCCGCCCGGGGCAGAGCACGCGGCAGGGGCGGGGGCGGGGGCGGGGGCGAGGGCGGGCUCCAGCACGGUGAAGGUAAAGAUCGCUGGCGUCGUGCCGACCCCGCACCAUCCGAAAGUCGUCGCGCUGCUCAAGGUGCCCUUCCCGCUGCCGGACAUCGAGGUUGAGCGCGUGAAUGUGCGGAAGCGGAUCGUAACGCCUGCGGGGGUCGCGCGGCCUGCGACGCAAGCAGACGAGCGGCCGGGCACGGCGAACGGGGGCGGGAGUGGGACGAGUGGGUUUAAGAAGAGCUUCUUUGGGGCGAAAGAUGCGGGCGGGGGCGCGGGUGCGGGGACGGGCAUCCCAGGGGAGGGCCUGAUUCUGACGGCGGAGGAGAUCAAGGACGUCGUGUCGAGCACUGCCCUGUGGCUUGUCGUGAGGGAAGGGUUCGGAGGUGUUGGGAGGGUGAGCAGGAAGGGCGAUGGGGCGUGGCGGAUCCGGUGAUCGUCAUCGUUGGAGAGAAGGGAAGAAGUAAAGAAAUUGUUAGAUAUGUGCUGCGAUUGCUUGGGUUUUAUUGUGCUUGGAUUCGUGCUGGUUUCGUCGCCCUUCUAUAUAUGAAUGGUAUAGCCCUUCUCUCCAUCUGGUGCUUCAGCGAGGCGCGUUGCUAUUCAGCUUUUCGGUGGUCCGUUCCCUCGCCCCAUGGACUGCUCAUGACAAGCGAGUCGUUCACCAUUAUAAUCUCCACUUGCACGUAUACACGGCUUUCAUUGUACUAUCGUGCACCCGCAUCUGAUUGAUAUAUGCGCCAUCCCCAUCGCUCGGCCUUGUUUGCCCUCGUUGACCGCUCAGUGUUCUUUGGCCCAGGCUCAUGCCCCUUGGCACUGCACGCCAUCCACCGUAGCUUAUACCGCAAUGACCGAGUGCAUCCACGCCCCCCAUACCCCUCAAUUUCCUAUCGACACCUAUACCUCCUAUCUGUACUGUAGUAUCUGUUCACUCCGGCUGUUCCUGCCCCUUGCGCCACUGGGCGUGCAUCCUCUUUGCGCUACACAUGCAACUUAUAAUUGGUUAUACUCGCCGUUGCGGCACCGUCCAC